UGGCACCCCAUCCAUCAUCGUUCGCCGCCAUUUCACACACAUGCACCAAAAUUUCGUGCGCGCGCUUCACGCGGUUCAGUACAAGAUUCAAUCUCUUGUUUCAUCGCGAAGGACACGAAGGUAAUGAUGCCACCCGCACGAUCUACAGCAAGAACUGAGCGCGAGAAGAAGCUGCAAGCCGUUUUGAGCUUUGCUUCUGGUCUCGAGAAACGUUUCGAAACCACCUGCGAUCAAUCGCUGGUAGACGAUCUCGACCGACAGAUCCUGAAUUUGCCGCUGCAAAUAUCAAUCGCGGGUGUCGAAAAGCAGGAUGAAUGCGAACGCUAUGGGACGGAGCUAUGGAACCUAUCGACCCGUCUGCGACGCGAACACUUGCAGCCGAAUGAUAAAAAUAGCAGCGACAUUUCUUUGAAAUCGCGCGCGACUAGUCUACUUCGCGUCUUCUCCUUCCUUCUUCUCGACGCCGUGAGCGGGCCGAGCGGGCAGACCCCAAGUGCAGGCGACCGGAGAAGUCAAUGUAUACGCCUGAUGAAGGUUGCACUCAAAGCCGCCAAGGUAUGCAUUGAGAAUCUUGAAGUGGCCCCCGCCACCAAGGUACUUGAGAGAGCCGCGGAAUACGAAGAUAUACUGGGUCAAGAAGGGAGUCGGGAGGACCAUGAGGAUAGCAUGAUAGGGAAGCAAUUGCGGGUGGAAUAUUUUGGCAUAAGAACACUACUAGCAUGGCGACAAAAUCGCAUGGAUACGGCAGAACACAUGUUCUUCAAGUGCAAGCAACUCUCGUCCUCAUUCUCGCCGGUAACUGCCGAAUACUUAUCCGAUCUUCUGCACGAUAUAGGCAAAGGGCUGCAGGAGAAGAGGAAUUAUGAGCUUAGCGUUCGAUGGUUGGAAAGAGCCUUUGAUAUACUAGAAACACAAGACAUCGAGAUGCUAAGUUCCGAUGCUGGAGAUCUGCGACUCAGCACGAUGCAGAGUAUAGCCAAUUGUUAUAUGCAAAUCGGCGACACACACUCCAAAGAGAAAGCUUGGAAGAUGGUUCGACUGCUGGAAGCAGACUACCAAGACAAGAUGGGAGUUGCACUGCUCAAGCUUGAAUUUCUUUCUAAAGAGGACGUAUUCGGCUCUCAAGAAUUCUAUGCUGUCCUAUCCAGAAUGAUUCGAACCGUUGUUCUCAACGAUCGAAAUUUCAAAACGAUCAUGCAUUACAUCCACAAACUGAAAGAGCACGAUAGUAUCGCCGCUUGCAAACUUAUCGAUGAUCUCAUAGAUAUGAGACUCUUCCGAGAAGAGAAAGAAGUCUGGAUUGAAAAGGCAGUUAUUACCAGAAUAUGGAUCUGCUGUACAACGACAGCUGCAGAUGUCAGUUUGGAGCAGUUGCAUGGGUUUCUCGACUCGGUUGCACAGAAUAUGAAAGGCACAUUCUCCGCCCAGGCAACGCACGCCACCCAGACACUUCUUUGGAAGCAAGCGGAAGCAACAUACAGUCAAAACCAGCAUCAAACAGCUGAGCACUGGUGCCGUAUAUGUCUCCACCCAUUGUUUGGCAAAGCUGGUGACGUCAAUAAAUCGAAAAUUGCCAGGAAGAUCAUUCUGUGCGCACAAGCACGACAUGAUCAUGCGGUUGCGAGGCAGGUCUUCUCAGAGAUGUCCGAAACCGGGAGGAACGACCGUGUCACACGUUACAUCAUGUACAAAACUGGACUGCAAAUGGUGGACUCCGAACUUGCCACCGAGUGUCUGGAUCUGAUAUUCCGACACUCCGGAACCGAUGCGACACUGCUCUAUGCCUGCAUACUCGAUGCACAAGCCUUUGGGAGCAACUUAGACGCCGUAACUGCCUUGGAGAUAGUACUCGAUAAGUGUGAUCACGGUGUACCUGCAGGGGUUCAUCUUCCAGCCCUGCUGCGGAUGACUCUGAGACUUUUGGGUCAAGAGCUCAUUAAAGAUGGCAGCUUGAAUCAUGGCGUUCUUGCCCGCAUCUGUAGGGUCUGUGAAGGAGCGUGCAAGAGAGCGAAGGAGUUCAAUCGAAAAUCAGCAAAGUCUGCGCAUGAUCAGUUCAACAAAGCCGAGUCUGAGUGGUUCUCCAAGACUACGUACAACUGGUCAAUUAAAUACUGCGAGGAGAUGCAACCCGAGAUCUUGGUGCGGCUGCUCAAGGUUUGCAUCGACUUCAUCAAACUCCUGCAAGAACAAGAUCAAUCAGAGGAUAAGAUCGACCUUGCACUUCGUUUGAUGUUCUGUGAAUUCCUCGCUACAUGCAGUUUUACAACAUUAGCACGAGCGGAAGAUAGCAUUCAGGAAUGUCUGCAAUACUACCUUCAAACUCGCAAGCACGGUCAAGCAUUCCGGGACGUUGCAGCCACAAACAUCCAGCAGCUAGGCAAGUCUGCACAAGCUGAUUCCAUUGCGAAGCAUCUUCAAGUAGUCAAGCUGGAGCUGGAGGCAGCGCUCAAACUCAAGCAAUGGGAUGAAAUGAAUGAUUUGUUCGAUCAGUGUUGGAAAUACAGCGAUCAGACCCAAUAUGAGACCCUGGCAGAUCUCGUGCUGAUCAUUCACUCAAAUAUCGUCGCAGCCGAUGCGAGCCGCAAAUAUCAAAGCAUGAUACUUUCUGUGCUCCAGAAGAUCAUAAACACGACCACCAGACAAAACGGAAACGACGUAGAUAAAAUAGCGCGUUGGAUCCGGUGUCUCUUCCAACUCGCACUCCCAUUCGACGAGAACGUCAGCCUAAGAUGUGUCGAGCAGGCAACCACUUUUGCAGCGAGUCGCAAAGACAACAAUGAUAUUCGCCCAGACUCGGCAUCUUCCCUCACUGUAGCCGACCUCGAAAUUCUCUUCGCUGACGAGAUGGAUCAGGGACCACGGCAAACUUGCUACCCAGCGACGGAGUUGGAAUGGCUUGCGACGACUACGUUUAACCACGCCGUGGACUACUUUGUCCAAGAAAACGAUGCCAAGUGUAAAGAGUGGGCGGAAAAGGCGCUCGCUUUGGCGGCUUGGGCACAAGGAGAAGGGUUGAGGCACGUGUUGAUGGACAAGUAUUCCCAGUUGACGUGGACCGAGGCUGCGCAGUGA